CCACCCUUCACUUCUGAGCGCCUCCUACUCUCACUUCCUCCAGUUACGUCCCAGCCAACCGGGAGUAUUCUCGCUGCUGGAAUAAAUUAAAUUGCAGCGGUGUGGGUACAGGAGGGAGGGAGAGCGCGCCCUGAAUGCCAUUCACACUACCCGCGCGCAUGGGGAGCUCGGUCACCGUCAGAAUCAUCGGCGGAUCUCUGUGCGCUCUGCGUGCGCCCCGAGCGCAACUGUCUCCAAUCAAACACUGCGCGAGUUAGAGGACGGCUGCUUACCCCGCUUCAGUGGACUUUGCUCAUUUGUUCAUUAGGAAGAUGCGUUAAAAAUAAUUAGCACACCUGGAAGAGGCGAGUCUCUUAAUACCGCACAUCAGCGACUCACUUGGAGAGGACUCGCAGAAGCCUCGCUUCUGAGCGUCUUGGGAGGUUUUCAGCUGGAAACAUAACGUAUUUUUAAGGGAGGAGGAGAUCGGACUUUCAGCUUCUGUUUAGUUCAACUUGCGCAGUCUUUUUUUUUUUUCUUCUUUUUUUUGCGCGCAACCUUUCUCCAAUGCCCCCCCCGGUGCAUGCGCCCAGCAGAACCGAACUUCACGAUCCUAUGAGGGGAUUUUGCGGAGAUUGAUCCCGAGCAGCCACGGACCAAAAAGACUUACAGAAUAAGGACUCAUUAGGAGUGCAAGGAGAAUGAAGAGUCACCGGGGCCGGGGCAAACACCAUGAGUGGCCCGUGGACCUCCACUAGACUGACGGCCCUCAUGUUUCUAUGGAAGUGGUUGACAUUAAGCCUGCUCCUAAGCUGGUUGUCAGGGGGGGGCAGUGCCGCGGACUCUGCCGGCGCUGGCUUCAGUGGCUCAAAUGGACCCCUGGGCUGGCUCCUGUCGGAGAAGGGUCCUUUUCACAACUCGCAGGAGUUUGUUGAUUUCACAGAGCGCUACCAGCAAGGAUUCACUACCAAGUACAAAAUAUACAGGGAAUUUGGCCGUUGGAAGGUGAACAGCUUGGCCCUGGAGAGACAAGAAAACAAUGGCUUUUCGUUGCCGCUGGACCCAGAGUUCCUGCAGACCAUUAGGCAGCUGGGCAGGAGGCCCAGUCUCAGGGCCAUCACUGACAACCUCAUCAGGAAAUACGGAACCCACUUCCUGCUUUCCGCAAUGCUGGGAGGGGAAGAGUCCUUAAUGAUGUUUGUGGACAAGAGAAAGUUGAGUCGGACGUCUGAAGCCAGUGAAUCCAACGGCACAGCUGUGACGCUGGAAGCUCUGCACCAGCUGGCUGCCUCCUACUUCAUUGACAGAGAGAGCACCUUGCACAAGCUGCACCACAUCCAGAUCGCUUCCACUGCCAUCAAGGUGACCGAAACAAGGACGGGCCCACUUGGAUGCAGUAACUAUGACAACCUCGACUCUGUCAGCUCUGUUUUGGUUCAGAGCCCUGAAAACAAGAUUCAUUUGCAAGGCCUCCAGGCCAUACUGCCAGAAUAUGUGAGAGCCAGGUUUGUGCAGGCUGCUCUAAGUUAUAUUGGCUGUAAUGAAGAGGGCCAGUUUGUGUGCCGGGACAACGACUGCUGGUGCCAGUGUGCUGUCGACUAUCCGCAAUGUAAUUGCCCUGAGGUUGAUCUGAGGGCUAUGGAAGGCAGUUUACUGCAAAUCAGAGAUUCAUGGAACAUGGCCAACCAAGACUUUGAGGCAUCAGAAGAGUUUCAAAACUUUGUUCGACGGCUUCCCACAUUCUACGCCCUGAACUCGUCUGCCAUCCAGUAUUUCUGGAAGACGGAGCUGUCCGUUCACCAGCGCUACAAACAGCUAGAGCUCAGCACACAGCAGCUUGCAAGCAAAGCACGACGCAUCAUCAACAAGAUCUUCACCCUCAGCAAGAGAUGUCAAACUCAGCCAAAAAUUAUUAUGCUACGGGAAAGGCCAUUUGGGUAUUGGCUCAACUACAUCCUGUCCAUCAUGUACUGCAGUGAAAACAACCACCUGGGUUCCUACAUGGAGGAGACCCGGAGCUGCUCCUGCCCGUAUGAGCAUCCCCCCUGCCAGAGUGUGAUCCCAUGCACAGUAGGGGAGGGCUCCUCAUGCGCAUCCUGCUCCUAUGAAAAUCGCUCCCGCUGUGCCACAUGCAAUCAGGGCUACAUGCUGAGCCAGGGCGUGUGCCGCAACGAAGUGCCAGACUCCACUGACCAUUACAUCGGCUUUGAGACUGACCUGCAGGACAUGGAGUUGCGCUACCUGCUGCAGAAAAGAGACAACAGAAUCAGCAUCCAUGGGAUCUUUGUCAGCAAUGAUGUCAGGCUGAAUAACUGGUUUGACCCAUCAUGGAGAAAGAGGAUGUUGCUGACUCUAAAAAGUAAUAAAUACAAAUCAAACCAUGUCCACAUGCUCCUGGGCAUGUCUCUGCAGAUUUGCCUUACCAAGAACAGCACACUUGACCCCAUGCUCUCUGUCUACAUCAAUCCAUUUGGGGGGAGUCACUCAGAGAGUUGGAUCAUGCCCAUUGACCAGAACAACUACCCAGACUGGGAGAGGACUAAAUUAGAACUUCCCUAUGACUGUUUCAACUGGACUUUGACUUUAGGCAAUAAAUGGAAAACAUUUUUUGAGACUGUCCACUUCUACCUAAGGAGCCGCAUCAGAGGGCCUUCAGGCAAUGGAAAUGGAAGUGUAUAUUUUGAACCACUGGAAUACCUGGAACCGGGCCAAAAUCUGGGCUACAUGAAGAUCAACAGCAUCCAGGUCUAUGGCUACAGCAUGCACUUUGACCCAGAAGCGAUCCAGGACUUAAUUUUACAGCUGGACUACCCAUAUACUCAGGGAUCGCAGGACUCAGCCCUACUGCAGCUGCUGGAGAUUCGGGAUCGGGUCAACAGGCUUUCCCCACCUGGAGCUCAGCCUCUGGAUCUAUUUUCUUGUCUGUUGCGGCACCGGCUCAAAUUGUCCACAACAGAUGUUACCAGGAUCCAGGCAGCACUGCAGACUUUCAGUGCCAAGCAGCCAAACUCCAUUGAAUAUGAAACAACCAAAUUAUGUAGCUAGUAAGUUGGCCGGUGGCCAGACGCACAGAUGGAGCAGUUAUCACACAGGCCUAUCAAUUGAGAGGAGCAAUUCUAAAGCAGUGCAAUGGACAUUUUGGUGGACUUUGUAAUUGACAUGAAUCUCAACUCCACGACUGAGAUUCGCAUAUCAACUUUUCCUAUAAAUUUGUAUAACAUCUUAGAAUUGAAUAGGUUUUCACCAUACAUGCCUCAUUACACUUUAUGAAAAGGUUUCGCCAUUUAUGUUAUGAAUUCAAAGCUUCGUUGUCAUAUUUUACCAAUGUGCUAAAAUUUGUAGAUUGUAGAAACCUGAUUCACUUGCACACAUAAAACAGAAACAUUAUGUUGUGAAAGAAUAAUCCAACCAGUCUUAUCAUUUCGCAAAAAAUAAUCUCAAUACCAGCGUGGUUUCAUUUGGCAUUAAUUUGUUAUUUAUUUUGGUAUUUCCCUCAUCACAUGUAUUUCAAACGAAAAUAGUAGUUUUCAUUUUAUUAUGCGUCGAUGGGGCAUGUCGUCUUACUUGUUUCUUUUUUUUUUACUUUCCAAACAAGGAUCGUCACGUUUUUUCUAGUCUACAACACAUUUUUGUAAGAAAAUGCUAAAUAGAUGCUGUAUAAUGCAGAUUUCUUGAAAGAUACAAUAAAACAGGUUCACAAUGUGUUACAUGUGCUUUUAUUUUUAUAAUGCUGUUGUUUGUGAAGCAAAUGAUACAACAUUGUCUAUAAAAUGUACAGUAAAAUUUGUUAAUACACUAAAUAAAAUACAUUUUUAUGUGUGGUCUAUA